AUGGUAUCCCCAUGGCCAAAUGUCCCUCCGAUUGGGGAUGAUACCGAAAGCAUUCGCGGCUUAAUAGACAAUUUCAAAGAACAGUACGGACAUGUCUUUUCGCACUCGACUGAAAAUCCGACCGCGUUGGCCCCUGCGGGCUAUGUCAUGGGUUUGAUGUUCCAAGCCAACAGGGUGAUUUCGCUGAUGGCCGAGAAGAUGAAGAAUUCUUCAGACCCCCAAUUAGCGCAUCUAUUUGACACAGAGUUGUCGUCUAUGACAGCGGCAUCGCGUGCUGUGGAAACUACAGUCACCGAACCAUGCACUGUUGAUUCCUCUAAACCCGACUGGAUGGACAACCACAGCCCAGGAACUAUGAUAAAGCUUGCCUGGGACAUCGAGUAUCCACUUCAUCCCUAUACACCUUCCGCGGUCCAGGAAAUGGCACACGCUGAUGUUCUCAAGGAGCUCGAGGCUGCGCUGCAUCAGACUUGCGACCGUGAGCUCCAACGUAUUGUCUUCGAAUCUAUCAGAACCUUUGAAUAUGGAGAGAUAGAUAUACAAGCAUUUACGCCAUCGGAUAAGAAACAUCUCAUAGAGAAAUCUCAUCUUUGGAUACCCCUCCUACAGCAAGGCGACUAUGUUCGAUUGGCAGAGGACUAUCAGCCAAUUAUCGAUCGAUACUUGGCUGUUUUCGCUGGGUAUGAAGCGCCGAUCGAAAUUGUCUGGCACUUGUACGAUAAUCUAUAUGUGCCGGGUAGAAAAUGGAGAUUUCAAAACCAUCCCACAAGCUUCCUCUUCAACAGCUUCCACUUGGCGCUGGAAAAGUCUGGGAACUCCGAACUCGCUAAAAUCCGUGCUAUAAUGCCUAUGCGUCGCUGGAACGGGGGAAUUAACAUAUACGUUGAUUCCCGAACAAACCGGGAUAUCAUACUUCAAAACACCUCACUCUGGGUUCCUAACCUGGAAAUGUCGGUGAUGGCCCGAAUCACUUCUGUUUGCGGCGAGGCCAUGUAUUCGAAGGCACCCAAUGCUCCACCGCUGCCCGGUCCAGAAUCAAUGGCGAAUAAUUCAAAAUUAAUCUUCGACCGGCGUCAAGGCUAA